GAGGCGCCCCGGCUGUCACCCACGUCACUCCGGCCACGGACCACAACCGAUCCAAAUAGUGACUAAGCCUACGAGGACCUUUGUUGCGGUCGCUCUCCUUAACUUCUUCAAGUUCCAGUAGUCAGGGGCUAUUGACGUGGCUCAUUUCGAGGCGGUUACAACUGGCUGACACAAGAGCUUUGUACAAUGGCCAGUGGUGGCGUGUACAAGUUCCGUUGUAACCUGUUGGGACACUCAAAGGAUGUGCGGGCUGUGGCCACCACACCGGAAGGUCACAUCAUCACAGCUUCCAGAGAUACCACGGCUAAACUAUGGGUUCCUCAGGACAAUGGGAUAUCAUAUAUAGAGCAACAGGUUUACAAGGGCCAUACUUCGUAUGUGACAAGUGUGUGUGUAGUGCCGGGUGAUAGUGACCAUCCUGAAGGCUUGGUUGUGACAGGAUCCAGAGAUACAACCAUCUUGAUCUAUUCAAUGAAUGGUGGAUCACCUUUGCAUGCACUUACUGGCCACUCGGAUACCGUGUCAUGCCUUGCUUGGGGUCAUGGGCUGUUGAUCUCGGGUUCUUGGGACCACAGCGGUAAAGUGUGGAGCAACUGGGAGUUCAGUUACGAGUUAAAGGGGCACAAUGGACCUUUGUGGUGUGCAACAUUUGUGCCAAGUAAAGGAGAAAGUGGAGAUAAGAAAUCCACCGCCAUACUCACUGCCUCGGCCGACAAGACAAUCAGGUUGUGGGUAGAUGGAAAGGAAUGUAGAACAUUUACUGGUCAUAAAGACUGUGUCCGAGGACUGGCGGUUUUAAAUACAGAGCGUUUUCUGUCCUGCUCCAAUGAUGCUUCUGUUAUUCUGUGGGCCAUCACAGGAGAGGCUCUUUCUACAUAUUAUGGACACACAAAUUUCAUUUACUCGAUAAGUCUCUUAGGCAAAGGACAAGACUUUGUUACCGGAGGGGAGGACCGAACGAUGCGAGUUUGGGGAGCCAAUGGCAAUUGUAUUCAGACUAUUCACAUGCCUGCACAGUCGGUAUGGGCUGUAGCAGCCCUCCCAAAUACAGAUAUUAUCUGUGGAUCAAGUGAUGGUAUGUGCCGUGUAUUCACGAAUGUUGCAGAACGGCAGGGUGACGCAGAGAGUCAAAAGGAAUUUGAAGAGAGUGUUGCCAAGUCUACCAUGGCUGUAGGUGAUCUCGGAGGUAUCAAGAAAAGUGAGCUUCCAGGUAAAGAGAUUCUUUUGGCUCCUGGGAAGCGUGACGGACACACAGUGAUGGUUCGUGAGGGUGAGAAGGUGAACUGCUAUUCUUGGUCAGCCUCGGAACAACAAUGGACUGCUGUGGGUGAGGUAGUGGGCGGUGCUGGAGGGUCACAGAGUACCUCUGGCAAAGUGUUGUAUGAGGGUAAAGAAUAUGACUUUGUAUUUGAUGUUGAGCUUGAUGAAGGUAAUCGGCUUAAACUGCCUUAUAAUGCUUGUGAAGACCCAUAUUUUGCUGCUCAACGUUUUAUUCACCAUCAUGAGUUGCCUCAGGAAUUUUUGGAUCAAGUAGCAACAUUUAUUAUCAAUAAUACGAAAGGUAUGACUCUAGGAGUGGAAGCUAGUGGUCAGUAUACCGAUCCAUUUACAGGCGGUUCUCGCUACCAGCCGAGUACAUCCCUUGGAUCGGCUCCUCUUGAUACCGACCCUUUCACAGGUAGUGGCCGAUAUAUUCCUGGGUCAUCGAGUGGCAGUCUCGGAGAGAAUAUUCCAACUGGUUCAUCAACUCUGGGCGCAUUGAGCGUCGCUCCUUCCUCCUCUCAUUUCUUUCCCCAGUUAAUACCUUUAAAGUUUGAGUCUUGCAAUACUACCGGUAUGCUCUCAAAAUUAACAGAGUGCAAUUCCAUGUUGAGUCCAGAGAAACAGCUUACUAGCCAAAUGCUUGAACAGGUGGUUGGAACUGUGUCAGUAGCCAAAAACUCUGAUCCAAAACUUUUGGCUCCCUUGGAAACUGCCUUGCAGUGGCCGGUAGAACAAGUGUGGCCAGCCCUAGAUGUGUUAAGGUUGGCAUUACAGUCAGAGCACAUGCAAAAGGAAUGGCUAGUUAAGGAACGUGGAUUAGUAUUGAUUAACCAUCUUAUUUCUCUCGUUCAACCGCCUUCAUCAACUAAUGCACAGCUACUUUCCCUUCGUUGUCUGACAAAUAUGGCUGCCCAUGAACCUGGACGUGGUGUGUUAUUAAUGGCAUGGGAACAAGUGGUCCGUGCUGUAGUAGAAAUAUCGCCAUAUCCUAACAAAAAUAUGGAAAUUGCAGCAGCAACAGUACUUCUCAAUUACAGUGUUAUAUUAAGCACUGCUGGAAAUAUAGAAAAUCAAUGUCAAGUUUUGAGUGGUGCUGGUGCAGUGGCCUUGUGCUCAAAGGAGCCGGAGGCACAAUUCCGUGCUCUUGUGGCAAUUGGAACUCUGCUGCAUCACAGUACUGAAUGUCGUUCCCUUGCGGGUUCUCUAGAUUUAAAGUCUGUGGUACAAACCUUAUCAGGGAUUACAUCACCUUCUAAAGUUGGGGAGUGUGCUGGACACGUACUGCGGCUUCUUUAGCAGUGAGGAGCUAGUAAUGUGUACAAUACUUUGUAUCGUCUGUAGAUGCUCUUUUAAUACUGUAAUGUCAUAUUAAAAGAUUUGUAUUAGCAAUGAAAUUGCCUUACAUACUUGUAAAUUUAACUGGUGUAUAAUUUGAAUGUUGUGUUAAUAUUUAACAUAACCACAGAAAUUCAGCAAUAUGAUUGUGCUCUUGUAGUGUGCAGCACCUGAAGGCUAGUGUUCAUAUUUAAAACAAAAACUGUAUUGUAAUAAAUGGAAAAUGUAUGAAGAAAAAUAAAAGCAACAAAAUAAAUACUUCAAACUA